AUGGAUGCGCAUACACGCGGCACGAACACCAUCCUCCCCUUAGAUGAGAACGGCCUUUAUAUCCUGCUAUCAGACCAGGACCGCAAGUACCACUGGCACUGGAGCUUAUACCUGCACAGGGAGAUGCUCAGCGGCAGCACAUUUCACAUCGCGCGACCGAGCGCCGCCGUGCCGUGGCGCUACGAGGACGUUGAGGUGCGCAACAUCAUCUUCUCACUGUCUGUUACCCUCGCGCUCAAGAUCGCCAUCAUCCCGCCAGACAUGGAUGGCCCUCUUCGGGACCGGCUUGCCCGCGUGCCCAUGGGCGUAGCUGACACGAAGCGCUGGGGGCCGCUGACAUGUCGCACUUGGCUUCUGCGAGCGUUGUCGGAGCUCGACGACGAGGGAUACAUCAGCAUCAAGCCGUCUGCGACGGUUGAGGAGGUGGAGGCCGAGGCAUUCGAACUGGCUCGCGACAACGCCACGGCCGAGGAGGGGGGUAAGAGGCUGAGGGCAGAGGAUAGAGUCCACCACAGCACCUUUUCUGUGCCAUAG